AUGUGUGAGGAUGUGCGAAAAUGUGUGAGAUAUGAAAUAAGAAAAACAAGUGAGCAUAAAGAUGAAACAUUGGUAAUGAAGCAAGGAAACACACCCAUACAUAAUGUUGUUACCAUGUAA